AGGGGGCUUGUCAUUUGUCCCAGAAAGCGAUCCGGCGAUACCGAGGCGCUCAGCGUUCACCAUGUCGUCGCUGGGCAAGCGGCGAUCGAACCCGUUCAUGGGCCCCGUCGAGAGCCACUCCUCCAUGCACAAGUACCACAAGAACCAAACUGAUCUCCAGGAGAUUCAGGAGAGAACCAAGUUGCUGCUCAUCAACGCUCAGCGAGACCAAGCGUCGCAGCAGCACCACGCUCGUCCACUGGCGAUGCCCAGAAGCAGCAGCCGGUCGACAGCCCUGUCGGUGCAGUGUCCGAGCUGCCCGGAGCGCCAUUCCAUGCAGACAGCGCCGCUGAAAUGCUCCUUCUGCGACCAGCCUGGAUGCGCUGGCUGUCGCCGGGAAUGCUGCUCGUGCCAUGCAACGUUCUGCUCCGGAUGCUCCCGUGUCAGCUACGACGGACACGAGGAACGGGUUCUCUGCAUCGAUUGCUGGCGAUAGGGCGAGAACGGCGCGCGGACGCCACCUAGCGCAAGUCGAUACCAUCGAGUGCAAGUCGAUCAGGCCGCAAGUCAUCGGCCAGGCACCAAAGGAGACCGAAGUGGUGAUUGCCUUUGGGAAUGCUUCGUGGAAGCAAGGGAGGGGAUACGCAUCCAGUCCCAGGAGACUCAGGUUUGCCA